AAUUCCCGUGCGGCCUUGGCCUCCGCGACCCUCUUGACCGUCGGUUCCGUUGCGUGGUACGCCAACUUGUACGGCACUCUCCCCUUUAUUGGCGAGGUCCAUGCCAACUCUCCCGCUGAGGAGGGUCUCCACCCGCCCCACUACCCCUGGUCCCACUCAGGAUGGUUUGAUUCCUUCGACCACGCCAGCAUCCGGAGAGGAUACCAGGUGUACCGCGAAGUUUGCGCUGCCUGCCACUCUCUGGACCGCAUUGCCUGGCGCAAUCUUGUCGGUGUCUCCCACACCGUGGACGAGGUCAAGGCCAUGGCCGAGGAGAUCGAGUACCAGGACGGUCCCGACGACCAGGGCGAAAUGUUCCAGCGCCCGGGCAAGCUCUCCGACUACCUGCCCCCUCCCUACCCGAACGAGGAGGCCGCUCGCGCCAGCAAUGGUGGUGCGCUUCCUCCCGACUUGAGUCUGAUCGUCAAGGCCCGCCACGGCGGUGCGGACUACAUCUUCUCUCUCCUCACCGGUUACAGGGACCCCCCUGCGGGCUUCGAGAUCCGUGAGGGCAUGAACUACAACCCUUACUUCCCCGGCAACGCUAUUUCUAUGGCCCGUGUUCUCUUUGACGGUCUUGUAGAGUACGAGGACGGCACUCCUGCUACCACGUCUCAGAUGGCCAAGGAUGUCGUCACGUUCUUAAACUGGGCGGCCGAGCCCGAGCACGACGAGCGCAAGAAGGGGGGUCUGAAGGCCGUCAUCCUCUUCUCCACUUUGACCGUUAUCGCCCUCUACGUGAAGCGCUUCAAGUGGCUGCCCAUCAAGACGCGGAAGAUCCGUGAGUGCUUUCCGCGCCUCGAUGAAUCUGCAUUGUUGCUGAUGUUUGCCUCUUUUCAACUCAUGGUCUCUUCAUCCCUGAAGAGUAUAUCCCUCCCGCGGAGAAGCACUGAGAACUCUUAG